AUGAUGCAGCAGCGCUCCUCAGCUUUGCGCUUUUUGCACGUUAGUCGAACCUCCGGUGUCCCUUUCCAAUGUAAGCACCGCUAUUCGUCAACGUUGGUGAAUGUUCCGUCACAUGGAGCUGGUGCGGGCUUGUUGGCCUCUCAGCAGCAGCCGAGGCCGCAUUCAUUCUGUGCAAUGGUGGCAGACUCGUUUCGCAGCGAGGCUGGGAAGACGCUGCGACACGGCGUCUCUGAAGUAGUCAUGCCACCCAUUGGCACGUCACAAUCGUUUGGCUUGGGGAUCCGCUGCUAUGAAGACGCUGAUGUGUUGGAGAAGACAGAGAUUUGGCUGCGCAAUUUGCUGAAGAGGUGUAUCGAGACGCCCUCCACAGAGUUAUAUGAGAGCCUCGUUGCCGCAACCGCAGAAGCCUACAAGAUAUCACCGUCAUGUCAUUGGCGGCUGCACAGUCGUGCACUGGCAAACUAUGGUGUGCAGUGCUUUGUUGACCAAAAAGUCGCUCGGGCGGUUGAAUUGCUUCGCCAAGCUGUUGAAGUCAUUGUGUUGUUUGAGGGGGAGACAGCCACGCUACACCUGCGUGUGAUGCUGGCAAACGCCCUCGCAUGUGAAGGAGAAUGCUUUGCUGCGCUGCGCCAGUACGAAUGUGCCCUGGCGGUAAUGCGCGACUACCCAGUGGAGACAUCACUGAGCCAGAUUGUCUCUGGAAAAGAGCCCCGCAUGCCCCUUAGCCGAAGCUACGUGACGGAGGACUUUGAUCGCUUCAUUGCAAAUGAGGUGGUGGUGUCACAGGCAAUGAGCCAAGGAGAGCAGCAGUUGCGUUCUUCAGAGGACAAUUUGGAGAAAGUUCGCAUCACUUUAGCAAUGGCCCGCCUCCAGCGACGGCUAGGUGAAAAAGAUGCGAGCCUGCCUCUCUACACGUCGGCGCUACGCACCCUGCUUGAUGCUCCCGAUGUCGAUAUGGAGAUAGAGGUAGUGCAUGACAUUGGUCUGAUGCUCUGCUUUGAGGCUUUUGACGUGGCGCAGGGCCUGCCGUACCUGCAGGCAGCUGCAGAGAUGUCCCUCAACAGGGCACGGGGAGAGUCAGAGAAAAUUCAGCGUUGCACUGCCCCCUCGGCGCGCCGAGACGCAUUACCAGACGGAGUUCUCCGCAUUCGCCACGCGGCCUUUGCGCUGCUUGACACGGCAGUGUGCCUUGCUGAAAACGAUGAAGUGGGAAAGGCGCUGGGGCUCUUUGAAGAGAGCAUCGCGCAGAUGGGCGAGUGUGGGAUGGAGAAGCACUCUGCAUGGGCGCGCAUGAAGUUUGCGGAUGCCCUCGCAGCCGCAUCCCUUGUCGAUAAGGCUAUCCGUGUUUACCUUGAGGCUAUGGACACGAUUCGGUCCAUUGGGUGUGGUGAGGAGAACCUCCAGGUGGCGUGCAUGGGUAUGAUAGUCCCGCUGACGCUGGCUGAAGUGGAGGGUCGUCUCGCGCACUGCUUUCAGAUGCACGUUGGUGAGUAUCGACGCGCCUGUGUGCACUUCUGGCAGGCGAUUCGACGGUGCGGGGUGUAUGUGGGCUGCCCGUUCAGAUCUGCAGAAGAAACAGACGUCACACUUCAGGAGGAGGUUGACUCAGAGAUGCUUUGUUGGAUGUUAGAAAACUACGCAAGUUGCUGUGAGCGUACCGGCAAUAUUGAAGUUGCAGAGGAGGUUCUAGAACGCUGUGUUAGCGUUGAAAAAUCACUUGGAGGGUCUUGUGUGUCAGUGCUGCUGCGCCUUGCGCAACUGCAGAGUGCCACCAACGCAACGAGGGCACUGCAGCUUUACAUCCAGCUGCUCGGAAUGCCAGAGGAUGUGCUGGAGCCUGACGCGUUGCUGCAGUCAGCAUACGGCUUCGCCGAUGUCUGCUACACAAGCAAAGAUGAGGACAUGGAGGCAGCACUCGCAAAAGCGGCGGUACCAGAGAAGAGCGAAGCGAGCGAAAGUGCCGCCUCCGUGCCUGCCAUGACCGCAGCGAAUGAUACCAAUGCCAUCAUUAUUGAAUCCUUUAAGAAGGCGGCUAGCGUCAUCAUGGCAGCCCAUGCUGUGGACAAGGUGAAGUCAAGAGCUAGUUGUGAUGACGAGUUGAAGGCGCUCAUGACACUCAGUCGCGGUGGUUUCUUUUGCCAGCGGCGUGGUGAUGAAAGGGGAGCGGAAGAACUGUACCGACUCGCCGUGGAAUACACGCAGCUCGCCCAUGUCACUAGUGAGGAAUACUCUCGUGAGCUUGCCAUUUUGCUCGCCAACUACGCCACUGUGAUGGUCCACAAGGACACUCAGAAGGCUGAGGAGCUGUACAAGCAAGCUGUGGCCACUUGUCCGACAGAGGAAAAUGUUUGUACCGCGGCCGCUUCCUUCUUUGUGUUGAUGGCCAACUACACUGCUGGUCGGGCGUGCAUUCAAGGCAUGAUCGAUGCCGCCACUGAUCGUACCACCCUUCCUCGUUUGUAUGGAAAGUUGGCCUGGCUCGGUGUCGUCUGUUGGGAUGAGUUGACAUCAAAUUUGCGUCAUGAAUGUUUGCAGCACCUGCUACUGGCGUUAGGUCUCGAGCCAGACAACCUCUUACGGAUUCACACUGGCGCCCGGUCAAAUAUGUUGGAUGAAGGCUCUGUUAGUGCAGAAUUUAAGCAGAAGUUCCUUCGCGGUGUAACCCUAUCGCAGGAUAAGGACACUGUGAGCCUCGCUGGUUAUAUUGCACAGACCAAGUUGCCGCAUGAGGGGAGGUUUAUUAACGCGUGCUACAAAGCCGCGCUGGCCCGCUUUCCCACCAGUACGACCAUCCUUGUGAACUACGCCAAAUUCUGUGCGGACUAUGGCGCCAUGGCGCUUGCCCGAAAGUACUAUGCGGCAGCGUUUAGUUGGUCACACAAGGAUCCUAGAAGCAGCGAGUGCUACGCUGACUAUCUUGCUUUUUUGAACGGGAAGGAUCAGCAACCACAAGUAGUUGCGGGCGAAAGCCUUGUGCGAUACCAGGUGGAGCGGGACGCCUAUGAACCAUGCGCGCCUUCCCAAGCGCAAUCCCUCGCAGUAUACGGCAAAUAUCUGGCGACGUGCAUGCCGUCCCCGGUCGUUCCGGCGGAAUCCUUUGAAGAAGCCAUAAGGCGCAAUCCGGCGGAUGCCCGCGCGACGGCGUUGUACUGCUCUUUUCUCUGGAAUGUAUGCUCCCGGGCCUUGGACACGAAGUGCGCGCCCGAAGUAAAGCAGCAGAUCGCUGCGAAGGCGGAGGCCCUUUACCAGAACGGCUUGAAGCACCAACCCCAGAGCCUCCUCUUGUUGACCGCUUUGGGGGCUUUGUACGUCGAGUUGGGCGACCGCUUUGAAGACGCCGUCCGUAUUUUGGAACAGGCGCGCAAACAGAGUCCCCACAAUGCGGCGGUAAAUCGGCUUCUCUGCGCGGCGUUUCAUGACGAGUGGGCGAAGGAGAGCGCGAGGCUCACAGUGAAACCCAGCGCCCGCCUGCAGGCACUUCAGGAGGCCACGCAUCAACUGUACGAAGGGACUGCGGCAAUGGAACCGGCCGAUCGGCUGACAUUGACGAGGUAUUUCCAAUUUGCCAUGCACGGCCUUCAAAACAAGGAGCUGGCCGCACGAAUCAUGCGGCUGCUGCAUGGGCUUCCGAAAGCGUAG